AUGGUACUUCCAAUUGGGUCCAGACUUGAUACUAUGUUGAUAAGCGAGGGUGCAAGGCUCAAGGGAAGCCAGUUCUCUAACUCUCUGUAUGCUUAUGGUAUCUUGGACGAGGGUUACAAAUUCAACGUGUUAGUUGAGGAAGCUACUGACUUAGCAUGGCGGGCUUUUAUCACACAACAUUCCAUGAUGGAGCAAGUGGUGGUUGUAUUCGUAUUGGUUUGGGUUCAGAUAGAAGAGCUCCAUGCUUACAAACUUUUGGGAUAACCGAGUUUGUCAAUGCCAAA